AGCAGAUUCAAGCAUUCGUUAGGGUUUAGUGGAAUCGGUGCAGCCCCCCACUCAUGGAUCGACGUCUUUGUAAAGUUUUCCUAGAGAAUCCACUUUCAAAUUUCGUGGUUCGGUCGAAAUCUAAGGAUGUUUCGAGUAGAAGGGCUCUGCAUUUUGGAAGAUGGUGGAGGUAGCUGGAUUUUUUUGGGUGCACAGUAAUUGGGUUCAGAAUUGAUGCGCAGGUUUCGGCUGCGGCCUUGUGAGCUUGGUGUCAAUCAUGAGACAAAUGGGAGUAGUGUUGUUGCGUCCGGUUUUAAGGAGGCUAGCAUCGCAGCGCAUCUUCGGUUGCAGCAGGGUGUUACAGGCGGCUUUGUUCCAUGGCGAUACUUAUUUUCCCUCUGCCGAGCGUUUCCAAGCACGUUGGCUGAGUACAUUGGGUGUUGAGCUCGAUCGUGGACGGAUCCCUGAAGCUUCCAGGCAGACGCCAACAGUCAUUCAGCGAGCUUCGAUAAAUCAGCAACUGGAGCACAAAUUUGAGACGAUUCUGUGCAACCCCCGUGGUAUAGCAACAUGUUCAGAAGAGGACUUGAUUUUUGUCUCGGAUAGUCUUCACGACCGCAUUAUCGUUUUGGAUGGAAGCGGAAGAGUGCUUGAUUACAUUGGGUCGAUUGCGGGCUUUGAGGAUGGGUCUUUUGAGUCUGCAAGGCUUCGAAGACCAUCGUCUAUUGUAUUCGAUAAGGAAAAGAAGCUCCUUUAUAUUGCUGAUUGCGAGAACCAUGCUAUACGAAGAGCACAUAUUUCGUCUAGAAUGGUGGAUACUUUAUAUCCCAAACCAGAUGAAUGCCCAGGCUUUUUGCAAAGGUGGCUACAUAGGUUGGGGAUUUUACAAGGGUCUUCUCAGAAAAGAAGCAAUGUUUCUAACGAUUAUGAGAUGACUUAUCCUUGGCAUCUCUCCGUAGUGUCUAGCGGGCAUGUCAUCGCUUCAACUCAGUGGUUUAAACAAUCGUGGAUGAUUGAUGUUGACACAGGGGCAUUGACCGUCGAGCCUGAUCAAGAACCGGCAACAACUUUCAAGAAGCUGAUGAAAUCAAAAAUUGCUGAGUUGGAGGACAACAAUUUAGACUGGGAAUCUGUGUAUGAAGCCCUUGUCAGUAAGGGAUUGGCUUGUGAGGGGUUGUCUAAUGUGGUGUCACAGGUGGCAGCGCUGGCGCGUGAAAUUGUAGUCAUAGAUCCAGAGACGCACCAAGUCUCGAGGCUAGACUUGAGCUCUGGAUAUCUCUCCCCUAUGCAGCUUUCAAAUGUUGCGAUUCUUGGUUUACCUGCGUGGUGGUGUUCUUAUGAUAAUCCGCAAGUUGCAAGCAGCUUGGAGCGUUUGCAUGAGGGUAGAACUGAAGAGGACAUUGUCACAUUUGCAAUUCAGCCUGGUCGGCAUUUGAUUUGUGUGAAUGUGGCUUUGCCAAGAGGCACACUUCUAGCUGAGCCAUUCACUGAAGAAUGUCUCUGGCGCCAAAGUAGGGGCAGUGUGGUGGAUCUUUCAACUUUUGAAGGCGAGCUAAAGAGUCGGAAGGUUACUGCAGCUCAGCGAUAUUUUGAUGACCUUAAUUUCUUGGAUGGCACAAAAGAAUAUGAUUUAGAGGAUCCUGCCGAAGUUCUGCACAUUUUGCAACAAUCGCCAAGUAGGCUUUCCCUUUGUUCUACUGUAGAUGUCAGCCUCGGAACUGGGGAGGUGGUUUUUGAUGCCGUUUUGUACCUAAAGCCUGAUUGGUCGGUUGACUCUGAGAUUAAACCGGAUUUUCCUAAUGAUUGUGGCGAGUUCUCUGGUCAUGCUCGUAAGGUAACUAUGCGUUUUAGUCAAAACUUGGAAGUUUUUUCUGAUGGAGCAGUAAUGAUGAAGCAUCUUAAUUUUCGGGUGAGGUGCGUAGUCUCUGCAGAUGCUUCUGCAACUAGUACGAUGCAACUGGAUGUGCAGCUUUAAUACAGAAAUCUUCUGAUAGUCUCGCUUCUGGUUGUGACAUUCGAAAUGCUUCUAGUUUUUUUAGGCUCAGAAUUCUCAUUUACAAGUUGUUUCAUGUAGAGUUCCUAAUCUUUUUAUCAGUCAUAACAAGAUACAGGUGCCUAUUAUUUUAUAUACAUAUAAAAUAAUCAAACAGUUUGAUUUUUCAGACCGAUUUGUUUUCAGCUAAUCAAAAGUUCGAGGAGUUGUUAAAACCUGUGAAAGUGCGUGAAGCAGGAAUAAGACCAAUUGUUUUAUCCAAACAUUUUAAUUUUUUAA